AUGGAUUGCCCAUGGAUCAACAAUUGUAUCGAUCAUCGAAAUCACGCCUUCUUUGUUCGAUUCCUCAUUGUGGCGAUUAUUGGAUGUGUACAUGCUAAGAUCAUUCUUGGAAUGUCCAUUUAUCAUGGAAUUCAUAUUAGCUCCUUUUGCGACAUCUACCAAGCGCUAAAUUGCUCGAGCAAAAUGGCUAUGAUAAAACCACGAUCUGAGAUGAUGCAGGAGGAGUUGAUGGAACAAGAAGAGAAGGAAUUCACUGUUGGACCGCUCUCCAUCCUUGCACAAUCCGUUAAGAACAAUGCACAGGUUUUGAUCAACUGCAGAAACAACAAGAAGCUACUAGGACGUGUGAAAGCUUUUGACAGCCACUUCAAUAUGGUGCUUGAAAAUGUGAAGGAGAUAUGGACAGAGCUGCCAAAAACUGGAAAAGGAAAGAAGAAGGGAAGCCAGUCGCGCGUGAUCGCUUCACCUCGAAAAUGUUUCGCCGUGGCGACUCGG